GGCAUGAAGGUUUUCGCGGCCCAAAAUUCAAGCUUCUAUAUCAACCGAUAUUCAAAAUGUGCGAUAUAGUUGGACUGAAGACUUACGACGGUCUAGAGAGCAGUAGAUAUGGAUUCGCCUUCUCCCAAGAUGAUGGACUUGCCGUAACGCAAACGGAUCUUCUUCAAGGAUGCUCGGAGGACGAUACUGCCACAAUUCAUACUGCAGGCAUAGACAUAUCCAAUGAGCAAGCCUCUUCCGUGAAACCAGUUGAAAGAUCAGUGGAUGAUAGAACCGUGGAGAGCUCAGCAUCAUGUAGAUCACCACUGGCUUCAGCGGAUGUGAAAAUAAACACGCACCCAAAGUAA